AAAGUAUUUCCUGUCUUGCUUUCUCUUUCAUUUUGAGCUGCAGUUCAGCGCACACAUUUGAGUGCACAUGUGAACACACACUCUUCAUCUCAGAGCAACUAUGGAACAGAAAGAGAGCCCGAUGCGUCUGAGGGAAUGGCUGAUCGCACAGAUCGACAGUGGGAGAUAUGCUGGGCUGAGCUGGGAGAACGAGGAGAAAACUUUAUUUAAAAUCCCGUGGAAACAUGCAGCGAAGCAGGACUACAGACAGAACGAGGACGCUGCGCUCUUCAAGGCAUGGGCGGUGUAUAAAGGGAAAUACCGCGAGGGCCGUGACAGAGCCGACCCCUCGGCGUGGAAGACUCGGCUACGCUGCGCCCUCAACAAGAGCUCAGAGUUCCAGGAGGUUUCUGAACGCAGCCAACUGGACAUCUCGUCACCGUAUAAAGUGUACAGGAUAGUGGAGGAUACACACUCAGAACCUGUCGUCAGUUCAGUAAAGGGCAAAGCAUACAAUGAAUUUCAUGGCCAGGAUGCUGUACAUGACAACUCAAAUAACAGCAGAGUAUCAGACGGCGGCAAGUUGAAUUUCUACAGCAAUAACAACGUUGUCGGGUAUGACAGAUCUGCGAAUGUCACUCUGUUUCCCUCAUGGUGCCCCAUUUCAGACUUCCGUCUCCUUGUGUGUCUGUUCUAUCAUGGCCAGAUGGUUCAGGAAUUGAUCACCUCAUCUGCAGAGGGAUGUUUUAUCCUUCAGGGUACAGCUCCGGUGGGGAACGAGCGUAUUUACGGGCCGUGUGCAGCUCACACUCUGUCCUUUCCUCGUCUGGACACUCUGUCCCUCCCACCGGGCAUCGCCGAGGCCAUGAGUCGUCUUCUGCCUCACCUGGAGAAAGGGGUGUUGGUGUGGGUCGCCCCGGAUGGAGUCUUCAUCAAACGCUUCUGUCAGGGACGAGUGUACUGGGACGGGCCACUCGCCCAACACACGCAUAAACCCAACAAACUGGACAGAGAAAAGACAUGCAAACUGCUUGACAUCAGCGUCUUCCUGCAGGAGUUACAUCAGCACAUGCAGGCUGGGGGACCGAGGCCACGCUACGUCAUUGACCUGUGCUUUGGAGAGGAGUUUCCGGACAAUAAUCAACCCAAGAGCAAAAAACUCAUAACAGCACAGGUGGUUCCCCUGUUCGCUAAGGAGCUUCUUGAGGGUCCCCAAAAGCAUGAUGAUGAACUGAAACUCAGUCUGAAAUCGGAAGCACAGAACUGAAUCCACUCCUCCAUCCCUCCCUUCAGCCCUCCAUCCAUCACAUGUAGAUAUAAACACAACCAACACACUGCAGCACAAAAAGUUUUUUUUCUUUUAAAAUUUUGUUAAGUUUAAGAGUAAAUCUUUUGAAAGCUUAACCAAAUGACAUCACCAUGCAAAAUAGCCGCUAAUCUUGCUAGUCAUGUUAGCAUGUUGGAAUGCGUUACCUCGAGAUAAACGAUGCUACAUGCUGUGCUAAAUUUUGCCAUCAAAAUAUUAUGGAAGUUACUAGCAACACUGAGUUUAAUUAGGCACACAGUAGCUACCAGCAGUCAAGUUUCCUUAAGUACUGUAAAUAAAAAAUAAAACAAAACAAAAAACUUAUUAGCUAAAAAACAUGCUGCUUAAAAAAGAGGACUUCAGAACCUAAGCUAGCCUCUGGUGAUUGAGCUUAUAUAGCAUGUUGUUCUAUACUUGGUUAAAAGUUAUUAGAUUAAAAGACAAUAAAAUACCUUGAUAUUAUACAAUUUUUCACUUUUUUACACCCAGUGAAAACUAAAUGUGAUGUCAGGAAUUACCAUGUACAGUAUUUCGGGAGGAAAUAAAAAAAUAAAUAUAAAUGCUAGCUUUAUCUAAAAGUGAACACCAGGAAAUCAUGCUAAUUGUGAGUACUAGCUUUAAUUGAUCGUUAACUAUGUUAGCAUGUUUUUAACUCCAUAGAAUUAAUUAUGCUAAUUAAAGGAGUUUUUCGUAAAAAUGCUAGUGAGCUCUGGCUUCACCAUGGCAUACUUGGAUUUGUUACUCUGUAGGCUAACAAUAAAAUUUGAAUGAAAGUUAGCAGUUAUUUCUAACUAAGGACUAGUUUCUAUUUAUUGCUAGCCAUUUAUUGUUAGCAUGUUCAUUUUGUUUAAGGAUUUAUUGUUGUUUUUUUUCUAUUUUUUAUUUUGUUUAAAAAGUGCGUCAGAGCAAACUUUUUAUGAUUGUAAAUAUAAAAAAAAAUGAUAAAUAGUGAACAAGUCAAAAAUAAAAUAUGUUGAUGUUGAAAACUAUACAAAAGACAUUGUGUGGAUAAUAAAAUCUUAAGACUAUUUAUCUAUGUUAACUGGCUGGAAUUAACUUUACUCUUUUGCUUAAAAAGGUUUAUGAUGGAAACAAUUUGUGCUAGGCAAAUUGAAAGCUAAUUAUGACCGCUAGCGUACAAUUAGUUAAAUAGCAGCAUAGGUGAUAUAUAUAUAUAUAUAUAUAUAUAUAUAUAUAUAUAUAUAUAUACACAGUAUGCUAUUUAUCUUUAUUGUGUAUAUAUUACAAACAAUAUUAAAAAUAUAAAACAUAUUUAAAAGUAUAAUAAAGACUCAUAAUUUCUAUUAUCAUACCAAUUUCGACUAAUACUGUACUUCAUAGAAUAUCUUGAUUAUCUUAAUAAGCCACAAUUUUGGUCACAAUGUUGCUAAUGGCAGUGUUGUAUUAACGCAUUGGAGAGAACUUUCUUUUCAACAGAAACCUCUAAAAAGAAAAUACAUAGAACGUUCAAAUCAAACCGGGACUUUUAAUUGCACAGAAUAACAGAACACACUGGCCUGAAACCAGCAACUCCUUCAAAGGUCCAAAUGUGGAAAUGGCUUCGACUUGGACUGUAUGGAGUGGACUGCUUGGACUGUAUGGAGGAUGUAGCAAUAACUCCUGUAAUGUGCAAGUGGUGCUGGUAAAUGAUUGUUAUGCUUUGAUUUUCAAGGAUUAGUUUUUUUUCUCGCUUGCAGCGGACUCUGAGCCACAUCUGUAAAUGUUAAGCAGUUUUAUGCCUUCAUAACAUCAUCACAUUAAGUUCAUCACAAGUCACGGUUUAAUUUGAAUGCAACUUGUACUUUUUUUGGGAGGGAAUUUGGGGAAUUUUCAGUCCGCACUAACUUAGCUCUCUGAAAUAAUUCAUAUAUUCUUGAAUUAGUUAAAAUUUGAGUUCAUAAUCAACUACAGCUAGUAACCUGACUUAGUAAUUUUAUAGAAUACAAACAUAACCAGCUACCACAGCUAGAACUACUAGCUAAUGUAAGAUAAAACCUAUAGUCUCCAUUUUUCUCCAGUAAACAACAAGCACUUUGAUGUUGGAAUAAUGGGAUAGAACAGAAUAAUAUGUUUAUUUUUUAUAUAUUUCUUUUUGUCUUGAUGAGCUCUUAAACAUGAUGUGAAUGCAUCAUUUAACUGAACAAUUAUUCAUGAUAACAAUAUUUUUAAUAGUGUUUAGCCAUAUUAGCAUGUUACUCAUGCUAGAGUGCCAAAAGUGCCAGUCUUACCUCAUAUCUAUUCAGUUUGGCUUUUUAUUUGUUUUGUUUUACAGUUUAGAAUGUAAAAUUGAUCAAACAUGCAGCUUUUGGGAAAUGCAGCCUUGAUUAUUUUUGUUUGUUUGUUUGUUUGUUUGUUUGUUUUUAUUUAUAAUUUUGUGCAAACUAAGAACUGUGAAGAAUCUUCGGCUAACAUGGCAACCUGAUCUUAUUUUUCUAAAUGCCAGUGUAAUCUUCUGUAUUUAUUCAAUUAAUACUUAGUCAUUUGUGUUAUAUCAAUAAUCUGGGUAAUCAGGUUUAUCAAAUAAUAAAAUCUGACUCUGUGUAAAUCUAUAAAGCAUUCUUUUAUUUUCUAGCGAACACUGUUUUACAGUCUCACAAGUUUCAAAAAUAUACAAUUUUAUAGCUACACAUUUAUAAAGAAAGAAAAUAACAAUCCUCUCUUUUUUAGGAAAAAAAAAAUAAUAACACCACAAAAAAAGAAAUAAAUUCUUUAAAAAUAAAAUAAAAUAAAUCAGAAAAAGUGUGCUUCAUCAAGAAUGAAUACCCGUAUCUGAGUUCAAAAUACUUUCCAUUUAUAUUUGUUUAUUUAUUAAUUAAUUUUAUUCAUUUAUUAAACAUUUUUCUCCUGUUUUCAUCUUGUACACAAAAAUAAAAAGGGUGGAAAAAUAUGGAGGGGAAAAAAUAAUCAUAUAAAAGAAAGCACAUUGCAAGGUCAAGUGCACUCACAAAGCAUCACCUUCCAAUGUGUUAUUAGCACCUUUAAUCCCCUUCCUUAUGAAAAAACACCAACGAAUGUCCCUUUAUCGACAGGGAUCUUCUUUUUUUUCUAUCCUUCUUUAGUGUCUUUCCCAUUUUUACCCACACAUUGGAGCGUAAUGCUGAGGUGAAUUUGCAUUUGGACCUCAUAUAUAUUCUGAAGCUAAAAUCUGUAUACAUUCACCUCGAGAGCCAAAGCUCAGUUAAGAAGCAUGAAAUAAAUCUGCAUUGCAAAAAAAAAAAAAAAAAGUAACCAUAAUGUUCAUCAUCAUAUUUGUUGUGUUGUUUUUUCUUUUUAGCAUAUUCAUAUGUAACACCUGUAUAAUAUAUAACUAUUCAUAUAAUUAUAUAUGUAUUUUCAUCUCCAUUAAAUAUUAUUUCCUUUAUAAUACUGACUGAAAAGAGAUACCCUGCAGAAAAAGUACACCAAAAACAGACGUGGCGUCAACGACAGGCAAGUUUGAUUGUCUCCAAAGACAUAAAGUCUGACUGUGCAUCACUAGCAUUGCAGUUCUUUUUUCUUCUGUUCUUCCAUCCAAACCCGUUUUAACCAAAAAACACAAAAACACAUAUGGCUCUUCCAGAGUAACCAUGAGGUCAUGAAUAAUCAGUUUGAGUUAAAGUUCUCACAUGACUGACUCAUGUGACCUCUCUGUGCAAAUGUCUCAGUGUGUGACCAAGAAGUGUUCGCAUUUCAUCACAUAUUAACCACAAUCAUUUUUUUAUUUUUUUUAAAUCAAUAAACUUUUUACUUAUAUGAUAUGAACCUAUUUGAAAACAUUUUGUUUCCGUCCAAUUUCUGUUAAUUUUUGGCAAAAAAGAGUGAAAGUGAUAAUUUUCUUUUUUCGUAAUUUCUUGACUUUUAUAACUAUUUUUAUUCACACCUUCCUUAAAACGGUAAUUAAUUUAACUUAAAAACACUUUUUCCUUAGCUAAUUCUUGUGAUUUUCAUAUUUCAUUUUUUAAAGCCACUAAUAUUACAAUACAUUGCGCAAUCAUCUAAAACAUAAAGAAUGCAGUGUAAAAUUUCACACAGAUUUAAACUUUUU